CUGCAGCGCCUGGCCAACAGUUGAGUCGCGAAAGUCGUCGAGUGCGUUUGCUGAGUGUGGUUUUCGGCUGCCGUUACCGUUACCGUUCGAGUUUCUAACUUAUUAUUAGUCGCUCGCUUGCUUAGUUAGUGAGUUAGUUAGUUGCUUCUUCAACACAAUUCGGCAUCGCUUCAGUGGACGUAGUGGAGCGGUUUUGGGUGUGCGUGUACAAUAUGCAAUCAUUGUAAUAGCAACAACAACAACAUACGCCAUAUAUACAUAUUUACAUUCUAAGUAACACAUAAUAAUGUUUUAGAACUCGUCCACCCCGGCGUAUGAGUAACAGCCUGAAAAAAAUCGUAGUGGUGUAUUUUCACAAGUGCCAAGAACAGUAUUUGCAGCAGCCCUUUAAAGUAUUUGCGCUAAAAAUAAAAAAUUAAAUAAAUUAAAAAUAUAAGAAGUAAAAAACCAAGAACAAAAAAAAAAACACAACUCAAAACUAAAGAGCAAUAAGUUCAAAGCAACAUAAACAAAAAUAAAUACAAAAAUCAGCGAAUCAACACAACUAAUUUACACCUUGAGGAAAUACAUACAGCAAAGCAUCAUGGUGUCUCGCCGCAAGAUUCUUUCACGUUCUAGAGAUGAUCUGAAUUUGGAUCAGACUUUUAGUCCACAGGAAGAGGAAGAGGAUGUGUGGUAUCAAAAGGAAAAACUAUACAAGGAGCACAUACAAGAAGUUCUUGACAAAUGGACACAAAUCGAUGAUGAGAUUUGGGCCAAAGUGAUUGUCUUCGAACGCAAUCGUCGUGUAGCGAAAGCAUACGCACGCGCGCCAGUGCUCACAAUAAAUGGUUCCGAUGAUGGUUUUGAUGGAAUGCGCAUCGGCUUAUGUGGUUUCGAUAAUCCAAUGCGCGAUCAGAAGACCGAUGAAUAUAAGCGGCAUAUAGGACAGGGUGUUAAAAUUAAAAUGGAUGAUGCUGGUAAUAUACUCGUUCGUCGCUAUGCCAAAAGUAAUGUCUACAUUAAGAGCACAGCGAGUAACCCCAACGAGGAGACAUCCAUUGGUGCAGACAUACUCAAAUUGCCAAAUCAAGCAUUGGAAAGUGAAAAAAUAGUCAAAUUAUUCGAUAUGAAAAAGUUUCAAUCAAAUGUAAAUCGUGAACUGCGACGCGCUUACCCCGAUCGUCGACGCCUUGAGACACAAUGCUUAUCCGUAGUGGCCUUUGUCAAAUCGGAGAAUGAUAUACUAGAUUGUCCCAUCUGGGUGCUCAUAGUAAAUGUAGUCGCCAUGGAUAUGUUGAAGAGCAAAUUGCCACCAGUGCAACGUCCAGUUGUGGACAUUAAGAAUCGCCCAAGAAUUCCCAUACCCGAUGAAGAUCCUUACAGUGUGGCCGGCAAUGGUAGUGGCGGCAGUUCGGGCAGCUCUGGUUUCGGUGCUGGCAGCAGUUCGGGCCAUCAUCAGCAGCAACAACAACAACAGUCAGCAGCUGGCAUGGGCAUUGGUUUGCAUAGAGAGAAUGGUGGCGUCGGCAUCAAUGGUGGAGCAGCUGUCGCCGGUCAUGUGGCAGCCACACGUGAACAGUUGUUGUUGCAGACACAACAAUUGGCACAUAAGCGGAGCGAAAAGCCGCCAAAAUUGCCGCCACGCGACAAUAUCUACGCACAUGACAUCAUACCGAAGCCUGAUUACGAUGAUAUCGAUGUAGAUACCAGAAUCAAAUUGUCUCGUGGCAAAUCAGACAAAGGCAAAGACAAUAAUAAGUAUGAUGAUCCCUACUACUGCGGCUUACGUGCACGCGUACCGAACUUCGUGAAAUCGUCAAAAUCCUCUAAGGAACAUAAAGAGCACGGCACAAAUGGCAGCAUUGCCAACGGCACUAUGAGCAACACUAACGGCAACUCCAAUGGCAGCAACAUGAAUACGCUCAGCCAAAAGAAGAAUUCCAUGCUACACAUGUCGAUGACGGCGCCAAAUUUGCAACAUUCCAUGCACGUGGCACCACCGCCACCACCACACAUGCAUCCUCAUCACAUUCAGCAACAGCAGUUAAUGGCCGCAGCUGCGGCACAUGCGGUACAUCAUCAUCAUCCAGCGGCGGCUACGAUCGCACAUCAUCAGCAUCAUCUGCCACAGCAUCCGAUGUUUCAGACGCGCAGCUUUGAGAGCGGCAUAGAUGCCGAUUUAGUUGAAUCACCAUAUAAUCACAUCUAUGGUCGCUUGCCACUGCCAACGCGUGGCUAUGUGCCCACACCCCGCACCAUGUACAUUGGGGAAUGGGAUUGAAGAGGAAAUGGAAUGGUGGUGGAUGGGAAGGAGAUCGGAAAUAACGGCACAUGCAAAUAUAUGUAUGCAUAAAUAUGUAACUGUAUACAUAUGUUAACGCUAUAUUCUUAUUGCAUAAGUGUUUAUAUACAUACAUAGAUACCUACAUAUAUAUUCGUAUUAGAUUAUGCUAUAUGUAUGCAAACAUUAUUAACUAAUUAUAAGCGAAAGAAAAUUUAGUGCUUGCAUAGUUUAAAGAAUUCAAAAAGGUAUAAGUAUAAAUAAAAUAAAUAAACAAAGUAUUUAAAAACCAUAUGUAUGUAUGUUUUUAAAAUAUACAUGCAAACAUUUGCAUAGCUCUAAGAA